CUUGGUUGAUCCAACUUGGUCAAUCCAUCUUGGUCAAUCCAUCUUGAUCAAUCCAUCCCACACAUCGCCAUUCACCUCGGCAGUUCGCCUUCACUCGUUUCUCUCGGCAUCAUGGCGCCGGUAGGGGCUCUCCUCCAGCGCGCUCUGCGCGUGCACCAGGUGUAUGGCGCCAACACCGACGUCGGCAAGACGAUCCUCACUACGAUCCUGUGCAACUCGGCGGCCCGGAAUUGGAAGAAUGACCAGGUUUCGUAUUUGAAGCCUGUGUCGACGGGGGCGCUGGAGGACGCGGAUGAAGGUCACAUUCAACAAUAUGCGCCCAGCACCAAGGUAGAGACAUUGUUUCAAUAUGAUAUUCCCGCCAGUCCGCACUCAGCCGCCCUGGUCUCCGGCAAGCCCAUUCCCACGGACCAUGAACUUCUAGCAAAGAUCCACCAUCACAUUUCCAGCCGCGCUCAUCAAGGAUCCGGCUGGCUGUUCCUUGAAACCGCCGGCGGCGUGCACUCUCCUGGCCCCUCGAGAACCACCCAAGCAGACCUCUACGCUCCUCUGCGCAUGCCCGUGAUUCUUGUCGGCGACUCCAAACUUGGCGGCAUUUCACAAACCGUCUCGGCCUUUGAAUCUCUCCGGCUUCGUGGGUAUGAUGUCGAGGGCGUCCUGCUAUUCCGAGACGCGGUUUAUGAGAACUAUCGCUAUCUCACCGAUUACUUUGGCGACAAUUAUGGGAUCCCAGUAGAGGCGGUAGCAGAGCCACCGAGGAGAUACGAGGAAAAAAAGGCAGAGUGGGACAGCAUGACGGCGUAUUACACCGAGGCGAGCGGGCAAAAGACAGUCCACAACAUUCUGACUCGACUAGACAAGCGCCAUGAAAGCCGGAUCGCCCGUCUUGAGGAGAUGCCUGCAAAGGCCCAUGGGCAUAUCUGGUAUCCCUUCACUCAGCAGAAAGGCCUCACGCCAGAUCGAAUCACCGCCAUUGACUCAGCAUACGGCGACCACUUCCAGACGUUGAAAUCUCAACCUACCACCUCGUCUCCCCAGGGCAACCUCCUCCGGCCUUCGUUCGACGGCUCAGCCUCUUGGUGGACACAAGGUCUCGGCCACGCCAACCCAAAGCUCACGCUCGCAGCCGCCUACGCUGCCGGCCGCUACGGCCACGUCAUGUUCGCCGAAGCAGUCCACGAGCCCGCCCUCGCCCUCGCCGAGACGCUCCUACAGAACAUCCAGAACCCCCGUCUCAGCCGCGUCUUCUUCUCCGACAACGGCAGCACCGGGUGCGAAGUCGCCGUGAAGAUGGCCCUGCGCGCGGCGCGCAUGCGGUACGGCUGGGGCCCGGACGCAAAGCUGGGGAUUUUGGGAUUGAAGGGGAGUUAUCACGGAGAUACCAUUGGCGCCAUGGACUGUGCGGAGCCGUGUACCUUCAACGAGAAUGUUGAGUGGUAUGAGGGCAAGGGCUUCUGGUUCGACUACCCGACGGUGAACUGUACCGACGGGAAGUGGGUUGUUGACGUCCCAGAGGGUUUGAAGGCUGAGCUUGGCAGCGGAGAGAAGUUCCCCAGCGUGGCUGAUGUGUUCAAUGUCGAGGCUAGAGAGCAGGAUGAGACCUGCCGCAAGUAUGAGGCGUAUAUCGAGAAGACCCUCAAGAGUCUCCAGAAGCAGGGUCGCAAGUUUGGUGCCUUGAUGAUGGAGCCCGUCAUCCUCGGUGCUGGCGGCAUGAUCUUUGUGGAUCCCCUCUUCCAACGCACUCUCAUCAAUGUUGUCCGCCGAUCCCCUCACCUAUUUGCCACGGGCGAGUUGCAGUCACCUGCUCAAGGAAACCUCGCCUGGAACGGUCUCCCCGUCGUCUUUGACGAAGUAUUCACCGGCCUGUACCGCCUCGGCCGCUACACAGCUUCCUCGUUCCUAGGCGUCCACCCCGAUGUUUCCGUGCACGCAAAGCUCCUCACCGGUGGCCUCGUCCCGCUGUGCACCACUCUAGCCUCUAGCAGUGUCUUUGAAGCGUUCCUUAGCGACGAUAAGAGCGAUGCGCUGUUGCAUGGACAUAGCUACACGGCGCACCCGGUCGGAUGUCAGGUUGCGCUCGAGUCGUUGCGGGAGAUGCAGCAGAUGGAAGAGCAGGGGAAGUGGGAUGCUUUCAAGGUGGAUGGAUGGGUCUCACCUGGAUCGCAGUCUCUAGAGUCAUCUCCCCGGAGUGUAAAUGACUCGAUCGUGUGGUCUGUUUGGUCCCAGUCGUUCAUCGACGCUGUAUCCCGCCACAGUGCCCGUGUAAGCGGUGUCUGGGCCCUGGGAAGCGUCCUUGCCAUCACUCUACGCAGCGAGGGCAGCACGGGAUACAAGAGCUCUGCGGCAUUGACGCUCCAGACUCGGCUACGUGAAGGCUAUGAGGAGGGACGAUGGAACGUGCAUUCUCGGGUGUUGGGAAAUGUAUUCUACAUCAUGACUGGGCAGAAGACCACCCCGGCGGCUGUUAGAGAGCUGGAGACGGUACUUCGAGAAGCCUUGAUGCUGUAGGCAUCCUGGAAAAUUAGGCUUGACUUUUUUCGAUGCCUAGAUUAAGCUAUUUACGGCACUCUUGUUUCGAAAUUGAUGUCCCAAACUCAA